AUGCUGUUCAGCAAAGAACCAGGGAAGGUGCAAGGAAUGGUAGUGUUGACUCGUGAGUGCAGUGCAAUCAUUCAGCGGAAGGUCAUCUCCGACAAAAAGGAAGAUCCGGGGAGUUUCACUUUGCCUGCAUAUAGAUCGAUAAGGUUACCAACUGGAAUGCUUGAAGACCUGCCUUUGAGAAUAGGGAAUGUAGAGAUCCCCACCGACUUCAUUGUGCUUGAAAUGGAUGAGGAACCAACAGAUCCAUUGAUACUAGGAAGGCCAUUCCUAGCUACAGCAAGAGCAAUGAUAGAUGUCUGUGAAGGCACAAUUGAGCUAAACUUGGGAAAGGACCUAAGAUGA